AUGACUCUCUCUGUCCACCCCGCAACUGCCGAGGACAUCCCUCGAAUCCUCGACAUUCAAUCGACAGCACUCAAGCAAAGUGGCUUUUUCCGCGCUUGUGGUGAAAUCAGCAACCCGGGUGGUUUCCAGGACCAUGAUGAAAAAUAUCCCGAGCCCAUACGACGAGAACUUCAGACAAAGAGACUGAUUUAUCAGAUGGAAAAUGACCCCGGGUUCCACCUACUUAAAUGUGUCGACGAUGAUACGGGAGAGAUUCUGGCGUUUGCGAAGUGGAAUGUCUAUGUUGGCGGUCCCGAGGCGCUAAAGAGAUGGAGAGAGCAGAUGAAGACGGGUGAAGAUAUGUUUGUUCCUGAGGGAGCAAAUGUGGAGGGAUAUAGAUAUUGCAUGGGCAAGCUCUUUGAUAAUCGAAAGCUAUUCUUCGGCGAAGAAGGGAGGGAGAAUUGUGUUCUCGCAUUGCUGGCUACUGACCCUGCACAUGAACGACGGGGUGCUGGAACUUUGCUGGUGAACUGGGGCUGCGAUCUUGCAGAUAAACAUGGGGCAGAGACAUACCUGGAAGCGUCACAGAGGGGAUACCCUGUUUAUGAACGACGUGGGUUUGAGGUUAUUCCGACAACUGAAAAACAAUCAGCAAAGUUACAUUUUGACGCCAGCAAGUAUACUGGUAGAGGUCUAGGGGAGGGAGGCCAGGGUGAUUGGGCAAGACUCACCAUCAUGGUGCGCAAGCCUAGGCCUACCAAGGAGUAA